AUGCAAUUGAAAUGGAAAUUCAAGUUUCCGAAAAUAUUUGCAGUGCCGCAAAGUAUAAAUACCCCCCCCCCCCCCCCCUCACGACUUCUGUUCCGGUGUAUGGGAGGAGUAUCAAGUAGGAUUUAUUCGAGGAUGUACGCCACUACAAUUGGAUUGCGUCAAGCAGGGCUUGGUGGAUUGAGAUCAAUGUCCGGGAAUGCAUUGUUUAGGAGAUGCAAGGUUACUUUACCGGACUUGGAUUGGGAUUAUGGGGCAUUAGAACCACACAUUUCCGGUAAGAUCAAUGAGUUGCACUAUACAAAACACCACCAAACAUACGCAACUGGGCUAAAUACUGCUGUGGAUCAGUUUAAUGAGCUCUCUGUGAAGCUUGAAUCUGAUCCAUCUGUAGCGAAACAACUAGCUGCGCUGCAGCAGAAUAUUAAGUUUCAUGGAGGUGGGUACCAGAACCAUUGUUUAUUCUGGAAGAACUUGGCUCCAUCAUCCCAAGGAGGUGGGGAGCCACCUAGCGGCGCUUUAGCGAAACAAAUCGAGAGUCAAUUCGGAUCUUUAGAUAAUCUAAUCAGUUUGACGAAUUCUAAAUUGGCUGGUAUCCAGGGCUCUGGCUGGGCGUUUUUGGUCAAGAACAAAGAAAUUGGUGGCCAAUUAGAGGUGGUACAGACUGCAAACCAGGAUACCGUCUCGGGUCCACUUGUACCAUUGUUGGCCAUCGACGCUUGGGAGCACGCAUAUUACUUGCAAUACCAGAACCGGAAAGUAGACUACUUUAAGGCCAUCUGGAACGUUAUCAACUGGAAAGAGGCUGCCAGAAGAUUUGACGCUGCUUGA